CGUCAGCGCGCGUGCUCCGUGCGGGAUGCUGAAUUGUAGGUGAUGAUGGCGGAAGGGGAGCAGCGCUGAGUUUCAUCUCAGUUUUUUUUUUUUUUUUAUAUAAACCACAGCUGUAGGAACCAUCUACAACAUCGUUUCUCUCCGUCGAGACCCUAACCCGAGGCGAUGGGGAACGAGGCCAGCAUGGAAGGGGAGGGACAGGCGGGACAGCCCGGCACCGCCGUCCCUGCAGCGGGGGCUCCUCCGGCUUCCAUUUCAGCACCACCGGACUCUGGACAGCUCAUCAAGCCGAGCAACGGAGCGCCAGCCGGAGGAAGUGGAGCUGCACCCGGGCCGGGGAUUAACAGAGCACCUCCGUCAGACCCAGGACCUAAAGCAGGAGUCCAGAGUGGUCAUGGUACUGGGGACAGGUUGGCCUCCCAUGUCACCCAUCAGCAUGGCGCACCUCAAGGAGGACAGGGCCAGGGUCAUGUGUCCAGGAAGAGUCUGCAGGUGGAUGUGGGCAGCAGCAGAACUGGGAGGUCCCCUUCUGUGUCGCCGGACCGAGGCAGUGUCCCCACUUCCCCUUACUCUGUGCCACAAAUUGCACCCAUGCCCAGCAGCAAAUUGUGCCCCGUCUGCAAAACAACCGACCUGAUGGGCACCGGGGAUGACAAGCCGAACUUCAACACCUGCACGCAGUGCCACUGCAUGGCGUGCAACCAGUGUGGCUUCAACCCCAACCCUCAUCUCACAGAGGUUCAAGAGUGGCUAUGUCUGAACUGUCAGAUGCAGAGAGCGCUGGGGAUGGACAUGACCACACCACGCUCCAAGAGUCAGCAACAGAUACACUCUCCUUCUCAUGCAGCCAAACCAGAACUUAGCCCUUCAACUCAGCCUGCACCCCAGACACAGACCCCUCCUCAGACGCAGCCUGCAGCGCCUGGCCCUAUCAAACAGACUGGUCCAGGUGGCCCAGGUCAACAACAAGUAAAGCUCCCUCCAGGGGCAGUCCCUCUCCCCGGCAUGGCCAAGGCCCCGUCCCAGCCUGAUCUGUCUCGCAGCUCUCCUGCACACCAACCGCCUAACCCCCGUCAAGACCAGACUCGCAGUGCGGGGAGUUCCCCUUCACGACAGCCCCCACCUCCAGAGCAGACUUUUGGAAAGUUGUUUGGCUUUGGUGCAUCUCUUCUUAACCAAGCCAGUACUCUAAUAUCUGAGACUACCCAACCCCAACCACCACCCCCAAAGCCGGCCCCCAAAUCAGGAGGACCUCCCGGUCCAGGGCCUGGGGCAAGUAAACCCUCAGGACCUCAGCCUGCACAACAAGGGCCUCGAGCCCCUGCUCAGCAGCAACAACAGCACGCUCCCCAGGACUCCUCUAAAUCAAAAGCUUGUUGUCCUCUCUGCAAGACAAACCUCAACAUUGGCAACACAGCAGAACAACCCAACUACAACACUUGCACGCAGUGCCACCAACAAGUGUGCAACAUGUGCGGAUUCAAUCCCACCCCACACAUAGUCGAGAAUAAAGAAUGGCUAUGCUUGAACUGCCAGACGCAGAGGGCUCUGUCAGGAAGCUUGGGAGAUAUUCCAGCUCCUGUUCCACAGCCCGUGGGAUCCCCCCGGCCACCUGCUACAGCCAAUCAACAACCACCUCAGCAGAAAGGGCCCAAUCAACUUUCAGGGCCUAGGCCCACAGGUCCUCAACAACAGAAACCAACGGGUCCCCAAGUAAGUGGCCCUGUCCUGCCCUCUUCUGUGAAACAGGCUGGGCCUACACCCCAUACCAAGGGGCCCAGCCAAACUACCCCUCAAACCAAGGGGUCUACCCAACCUAAGGGUUCAACUCAACCUCCUUCCCAAACUAAGGGUCCAACACAACCUUCAGCUCAGAGUAAGGCACCACAAACUAAAGGUCCUAGUCAAUCACAUGCUCAAAGUAAGGGCCCUGUUCAGUCUGCCAAUCAAAUGAAGGGCCCGAGCCAGGCCAAAGGGCCGACUCAGGCAAAGGGAUCUGCUCAGUCUUCUGCUCAGACUAAGGGCCCUUCUCAUCCUUCUGGUGCCAAGGCGUCAUCCACCCCUGGUAAAGUUGCACCCAACCAUGCCAAGGCCUCUCCCAACCAAUCAAAAACAGCACCUGCUCAGUCUAAACCCACAGGUAACAACCAGGCCCGCAAACAGCCGCAGAGCCAGGAGAAGACAAAAGUCACAUCUAAAUCUCUAAAAGAAGAUGUCAAGGCCUUGCCAAAGAAGGCAUUGUCAGAGACUAUCACUUCUCCAAAAGACAUGAAGAUAACUGAAGAUGCACAGAAGUCAAGACACCAUGAAGAUUACAACAAAUCAAGUACACACAGUUUAAGUGACACUGGAUACUCAUCGGAUGGGAUCUCUAGCUCUCAUGGGGAGAUUACAGGCCAGAUACGGGAAGAAGGAAUCAAGCUCAGUGAAAGAGGUGCAUCCAUUCCUUCAGAAAUCACCAAGCUAGAGAGCUCCAUGAAGCCUCUACUAGAGUCAAAGACUGCCUCGGACCAGAAGCACAGGCCACAUUCGCUGUCUGUUGGACAGGACUACAGUCCGGAUGAUGAUGCCGCAAGGGAUGAAUCAGAGGAUGACCUCAGUUGUAAGCUUCGCCAUGAUUAUGUGGAAGACAGCAGUGAAAGUGGUCUUUCACCAUUGCCAGUAAGACAAAAGAAAUCACAUAAAGAUGUAACAGAUGAGGAAUACAUGAGGAGGCAAAUAAUGGAAAUGAGUGCUGAUGAAGAGGAGUUGGAAGAACAUGGAAACCAGAAGACUAAAAGGGGCCAUAAAACCAGUGGAGAUCUGAGUAAAGAGAGGCGGCGACUCUCACACCAUUCUAAUAGUUUUGAGGAUGAAACCAAGACAUCAGAGGGUGCUUAUAAUGCAAAUGAAGAGGAAGAUGUUGUAAUGGCUGGAGGCCUUCGCCGUUUUAAGACCAUUGAGCUGAAUAACACCAAUAGCUACAAUCGAGAAAUGGAGCUCAGCACUGAACAUGACCUUAGAGAACCUGAGCUAGAGAUGGAGAGUCUUACUGGUUCUCCUGAGGAGCGCUCCAAGGGAGAAUAUUCCUCCACCCUACCUGCCACCACUCCCAGCUACACCUCUGGAACAUCCCCCACAUCUGUGUCAUCCAUGGAAGAUGACAGUGACAGCAGCCCCAGUCGUAGGGCAAGACUAGAAGAGGCAAAGCAGCAGAGGAAAGCUCGACAUCGGUCCCAUGGCCCACUGCUGCCCACUAUUGAGGACUCAUCUGAAGAGGAUGAGCUCAGAGAGGAGGAAGAACUACUUAGAGAACAGGAGCAAAUGAGAGAUCUGGAGCAACAGAGGAUUCGAAGCACUGCUCGAAAAACAAAGAGGGACAAAGAGGAGCUUCGGGCACAGAGACGUAGGGAAAGAUCCAAAACACCCCCCAGUAAUCUCUCUCCUAUUGAGGAUGCAUCACCAACAGAAGAGCUGAGACAAGCUGCAGAGAUGGAGGAGCUUCACAGAUCAUCAUGUUCUGAAUACUCACCAUCUAUGGACUCGGAGGCAGAGGGCUUUGAGAUGAUUGGUGGAAAACUUUACAAAUCAGGAAAUGAAUAUAACCUCCCAACCUUCACAUCACUCUACUCCCCAACAGAAAAGACCUCGGCAACAUCACCAUCAGAUAAAACACUAAAAAGUGCAGAGGAGGUCUAUGAGGAGAUGAUGAAGAAAGCACAGCUUAUGCAGAGGCAAGGACAAACAGUCCAGCAGAGAGGUGUCUCUCAGCAUGACAAACACCAUCUUGACACUGGAACCUCCCUAACUCCUGGCUCAAGCCCAACACAGGUUACUGCACCUAUGUCCUUCUCCACAACAGGGAGUGAUCCAAGAAUUCCAGGAAUUCAUGCAGCACAGCAUUUAUCAAAAGAAACGCAAAAUAGGAUGAUGACACAGAGUGCCAAAAUUGAAGGUGUUGUUGGGGUUGCCACAACCAAAGCCCAAGUCAGUCAGACUGCCACAACUCGACAAGCAGGUAGCACAGUGCCUGGCAGCAACAGAACAGGGUCACAGAGGCCAACACAGGCACCACCUGACCCUGGAGCAACCUCCCUAACCUCUAAAGUCUUUUCCCUUUUUAAAGGUCCCAGUCCCCCAGUUUCCCCUACCACUUCUCCAGCACAAAGCCCAACACAUACACCAUCUGUAAGACCAGCUGGUGGUAGUGGCAGGCAGCUCCCAUCUUUGCCUGGUGGUCCAACUGCAGCAUCCCAUGUACAGGCACCUCAAAGGGCAAGUUCACCACGUCUUGCACGACAACAGUCCUCCCAAGAGUCACCAGUGAUGGUGAUCACAUUAGCUUCUGAUGCAACAAGUCCUGCCAAGCCACACACUGUAAAUUCUUCCACUUCCCCUUUGUCAUCACCAACACAGGUCAGUUGUAAAACCUUGUAUAGCUCCCAGCCACCUUCAACAAGCUCCCCAACAUCGCCACAAAUGCAUCCAUCACAGCAGUCUCCUAAACAUCCUUCACAGAUGGCUCAAAAUGUUGAUAAAGUAAAUGUUGGUAUAAGCACCAUGACCACAAUUGCCAAUAGUCGUGGAACUAUUUCAAAUAUUGGACAAACAACAAACACUAGUGUGGUGGAUUUGAGAAGGCCAGCUCCAAUUAUAAUGACAGACCAGGGGAUGGACCUAACAUCCCUAGCCUCUGACACGAGAAGAUACUCAUUAGGAGCAGAUCAGCCAUCUGGUCGACAGACAUUGGUGCAACCUCUUAUUAUGAACCUGAAUGCACAAGAGCAGCCACAGAUAUCUUUAUCAACACCAACCACAGUUAGCAUCACAGUUACGGGUUCUAAGAUAUCCCAACCCAAGCAACCAGUUGUGUAUGGUGAUCCUUUGCAAAACCGUGUGGAUUUGGGCCAGUGUCUUGUAGGACCUGUGUGUUUAACCCAGAGUAAAACAGCAGUUACUGAUCCAACAAUUCCCAAAAUUGAUGCCUGCCUGGAGAAUUUGGGUAUACAACAGCAACAACUGCAAUUGCAGCAGCAGAAGCUCCUGCAGCAGCAACAGCUUCUUGAGCAGCAGCUCCAGCAGCACCAACAACAAUCCUCUUUUGCUCGUUACAAUUUAGCUAAUCAGGUCCAGCCACUGCUACUGAAAAAAGACCUUGUAGUGAGCCAGACAACCAGUUCUCAGGCUGUAGUGACUGCUAGUGCCAUUCCUAAAGUAUCCCCCAUGGCUCCACCAUCAGUGUCUGGGACUUCUGCUUCUAAUGCUACCCAUGAAAUCUAUAGUGGAGUUGCCUUAGAGCUGAAAAACAAGCCAAUAGUGAUGAACUUGUCCACAGGUAAGCCCCAUGUUAUGAUGGUGCAACUUGAUGAGAGUAACACAGCACAGGGGGGCACAGUGACUCAACUGGUAAAGCGAGAGGAACCUCCUCCCCCUCCUCAGGUCUUGGAUCUCACUGGACAGAUUAAACCAGAAAACCAGGUGGCUUGUUGUGAUGUUGUUUACAAACUGCCCUUUGCUGGUUCCUGUACAGGGUCAUUCACUCAAAAGCCUACAACGGUAUCCGCAGAUAAUAAUCCUACCACUGAAACCUCUCAAGCAGCCCAACCUCCCCCUCCAACACACUAUAAUGUCAGCCAACAACAACAGCAACUACAACAACAGCAGCAACAGCAACAACAACAACAACAUCAACAACAACAACAACAACAACAACGGCAACAGCAGCAACAACAACUACAACUACAACAACAACAACAACAACAACAGCAGCCUCAAGCUACACAAGGAAUGACGGAGGAACAUAAACCAUAUCAACCACCAACAGACCCCUCAGGAAGAAUUCAGCCCUCCAUGUCUGAUACUAAUCUGCCUUCUAUGAGUGAUGCUGGUCACUAUCAGAGUAAUGUCCAGGGGGGUCUGGCAGUAGAUCUUAGCAGCAUGAAUCAGGCUUAUGAUGGUGGAUACCUUGGCAUGGGAGCACAGUAUGGAUCUUACACAGACUUGCGUUCUCAAGGAGAUUCAGCAGGCCCUUCAUUACCCCUUCGCCGAUAUGGCUCCAUGUCAAAUAUCAAUUCAGACUAUGCCUAUGGUUCUCGUGACCUUACAGGGUCACAGGACUCCAAUCUGGCUCAGUACAGUGCAACCACUGCCAGGGAAAUCAGUCGCAUGUGUGCAGCACUAAACUCAGCGGACCAGUUUGGGAGCCGGUAUGCAAGUAAUCCUGAACUGAUACCAUAUGAAGCUGGAAGGGGUGGAACUUUAGCUAGGCUAAAUCUCCACCAAAGCUUUGCGGCAAUGAGAGCAAACCUAUUGUAUGCCCCAGAUGGAAGACCAACAGCAAAUGGUCAAACCCUAACAAAUCUCAUAAAUGCAAGACAAGCAAGUAUACGCGCCAUGUAUCCUGCAGCUAUGAGAGGAGGUGAUGGCAUGAUAUAUUCCACCAUAAACACUCCCAUAGCCUCUACAUUACCAAUUACCACCCAGCCCUCCUCUGUUAUGCGUCCCAUGCCUAGAGGAAUUUACAGACCAUACCCUACAGGUGUAACUGCUGUACCAUUGGCUAGCCUUACCAGGUUGCCUCAAGUGACUCCCAGAAUGCCUCUGUCCACACAGGGACCAUAUUCCUACCCUCCUCCAAACCAGUACCCCACGCCAGUCACACCAUCAGGAAGUGUGUCUGAUGUAAACCAGGAAACUCCUAUGUACCUUGGAAAGCCUUUAACAACAGUUCCUACACAAACAGCUGCAACCAUUCCACCAACUCAACCUGCAGCACACUUAGGACCACAAAGUGUACCAGCAACUGGUAUGCAAACCACAGCGGAUCAACAAACAGGCCGCACUCAACUUACCUCACAGAGUGUUACAUCCCUUUCCCAUGGCCAACCUCCAAUUGUCCAGGCAGUUCAGGCUCAAAUGCAGCCACAACAGUUACCUGCUCAAACUGAACCUUUAUCUUUGACUCAAACCCAACCACAAGUUCAAUCCAUUAGUCAACCUCAACCACAGGGCCAGCCACAGGUUACACCCCACGGUACUGCCCUAGUACCAAGUUCCAAACUUUCUCCUCCUAUAGAUGGCCAGCAAGGAAAGGAAGAUGAGAGACUGAGUCAGCAACAAGAGCACAUGCUGCAGCUAGAGCGAGAGCGCGUGGAAUUGGAGAAAUUACGGCAGCUGCGCCUGCAUGAGGAGCUUGAGAGAGAUCGUAUGGAGCUUCAGCGACACAGAGAAAAAGAACAACUACUUGUACAGCGUGAGAUUCAGGAACUGCAUACAAUCAAACAACAAGUCCUGCAGCAACAGCAAGCAGAGCGGGAGACGCAGCUCAUUAUGCAAAGAGAACAACUAGCCCAGCAGAGAAUGCAGCUUGAACAAAUUCAAUCUCUGCAGCAUCAGCUUCAGCAGCAGUUGGAGGAGCAAAAAAGGCAAAAGACAGCAGCAGUGGAGGCAGCAGCUGCUGCGGCAGCAGAGGCAGCCGCUGCCUCAGCAGCAGUGGCAGCAGCAGCAACAUCCUCCCAGGGUACUAUACAAGGGGUAGUUGUUGGAGGACAGACCCCUCAAGGGUUCAUUAUUUGUGACCAGAGUGGAAGAGUUAUUCAACAAGAUAGACAGAGUGUUCAGUUUUGGCAGGAUGGGCAAGUGGUCCAAGCCAUGGUGGCUGCUCGACCUAUUCAUAGUUCUGCCUCUGAAAUGUCUUUGAGAAGCAGUGACAAACAGGCUGAUCCCAAGCUUAUGAAAAAGCAGAAUUCCAUGCCUCGGCUGAGGGAUGGCGCAGAGGAGGACUCUGUGAAGCGUAUUACAGACAGCUGUGUGCAAACAGACGAUGAAGAUGGAGAAGACAGAUUCAUGAACAGACGUAGGAGAACAAGGCGUAUUGCAGACUGCAGUGUGCAGACUGAUGAGGAGGAUCAGGGAGAAUGGGAACAGCAGCCAGUAAGGCGCAGGCGAUCACGUGUAUCCAAGCACGCUGAAUCUAGCGGUGAGGCUAAAUCAGAAGGGUCAUCUAAAGUGGCUUCUGCAAGUAUAGCUAUACAGACCACAAAUGAUUCAUCGUGCCAAACAGAGCCCGACCAACUAGGCCGGGUUUCCCCUGCAAUCCACAUUACUAUGGCAGAGACCUCAAAGGUUGACCUAUUACAUUACAUAGCUGCCCCUGAAAGGACACACAAAGGAGAGAGUCUGGCCUGCCAGACAGAACCAGAACCUCAGUCUCACGGUGUGGUUGUCCCUCAGCUGAGUGUCCCUACAACUAUUAGUCCGUACUCCACCAGUCUGCAUAUAGUGGGUGCAAAUACAUCUGACCCAACCUCUCCUAGACUGCAAGGAGUUGCUAAGUUUGAGAGGAGGAAACCAGAUCCACUGGAAAUUGGUUAUCAGCAACAAAAUGAGUCUCCAUCCCGCCAGCCCCCCAAAUCUCCCCAGGUGCUAUACUCCCCUGUAUCUCCAUUGUCUCCUCAUCGCAUGCUGGAGACAACAUUUGCCUCCCAGGAGAAGCUCAACAAAGCCCAUGUUACACCGCAGCAGAAGGCCUUUACUGCGGAGUCACCCCAACGCCACCAGACCCUACCAAGACCCAUAAAAAGUGUGCAGCGGUCGAUGUCGGAUCCCAAGCCUCUCAGCCCCACAUCGGAGGACCCUGCUAAGAACAGGUUCUCCCCAUAUCAUCAGCAAGCUUUGUCCAACAGUCAGCAGAUGGCCUCCCUGCAGCAGCAGCAGAACUCUCUGAUGAGGAAAGUAAAGAGGACUCUCCCCAGCCCCCCUCCAGAGGAGACUCCUCUCCCCAUUGUUACUCCAGCACAAAUGUACAGUUCUCCUGGCAUGCCCCAGAGGGUCCUACCCAGACCCGCCCAGGGAGUCACCAAGGCCGGCCUGCUUAGUGAACUGAAAGCUGUGGAACAAGAGUCGUCAAAGCUCCGUAAGCAGCAGGCUGAACUGGAGGAAGAAGAGAAAGAGAUUGAUGCCAAGCUACGUUACUUGGAGCUAGGCAUCACCCAACGUAAGGAGACCAUGGUGAAGGAGAGGGAGAGGAGAGAGCUGGCCUACCUGAGAUGUAUGGGUGAUGCUCGGGACUACAUGUCAGACAGUGAGCUUAAUAACCUCAGGAUAGCGGCGGCAACAGGAACCUUUGAUGCUAAUGGUCUGCUGGCGAGGCCCAGCACUGCACCACUGAGUCAAUUUACUAACGAUGUCAAUGCAACCUCCCAGUAUCCCUCAACCUCAUCCUACAUGUCUUAUCCAUACCCUCAAAGUCAACCAUCAACACAGCCGCCAUGCUCUGCUUACCAACAGAUAGGUUUCCAACCUCCUCAGUACCCUUCAUCCUCUGCACCCCAGCCAGGAACAUUCCAGCCCCAUCCCCCACCAGGCCCUGGCUACCAGAACCAGGGAACCUAUUCCUCCCGCAUGUAUGGCCAGUCUUCCUACCAGACAGACAUUGGCAUGCAGCAGCAUGGUCACCAGGGUUUCAUUCCACCUGGUCAGCCUAUGCCAGGCCAGAGCCUUCCUUACCCAACCCACAGCUCCUACCAACCUGGUCUCACCUACCAGCCCCAAGCAGAGAUCCUUACAGUCCAUCAAAGACCACGGCAAACAUCCUUGGCUGACCUUGAGCAAAAACUUCCCACCAACUAUGAGGUCAUCAGCAACCCAGCAGUGUCAGUGGCCACAUCAGCUCCAGAUACCAACUUUGGCUCAGUCUACAGCAAUGCAUACGGACAAUACCGCCCCCCUGAGCCUGGACUGACUCAUGGUGUGGAGAGCCCCACAUCUGCUUAUGCUUCAGAUGGACUCUACACCUCUAACUUGGAGCAGAAUAUUCCUCGUAACUACGUCAUGAUUGAUGACAUCAGUGAGUUGACGAAAGAUAAUGCUAACCAACCCACUGACGCUCUAGGCCAUCCUGUAGGAGGGAGAUAUCGCAGUGAGAAUGGCCCUGCACGUGGGAGUGCCUAUGGUAGGCCUGAAGAUGAGCCUGUAGAUGCUUAUGGCAGACCUACGGGCACAGGUUACCAGAGUACAGUGGACAGUCGCACGAGCACCACAGUGAGUGGUGGCUCUUCCUAUUACUACGAUGAUUAUAAACACACAUCACGGAGCAGCUCUAGUAGCCACAAACUCACACCCAAGAAUCUUGCCCCUGCUGUAGUCUCCUCUAAACGUAGUAAGCACAGGAAGCAGGGAAUGGAGCAGAAGAUUUCUAAAUUCUCCCCUAUUGAAGAAGCACGGGAUGUGGAAUCGGACCUCGCCUCUUACACGAUGACAACAUCAACAGGAGGCAGCUGCACAGUUGUGUCCAGAUCCAAGAAGCUUCAGGAUGAUGGAACUUACGGGAUGAAGAAGAAUGCAUAUGACCAGCAGAAAUAUUACGGCACCAGUCGUGAGGGUCUUGAGGAGGAUGACCGCAUGUACAGCUCCGGCAGAUCCAGGUCUACUGGAUAUGGUAUGGACAAGAUUUCCUCCAGAGAUGCUACAGGCCACAGAAGUAAAUCUUACGAGAGGGAUGCCAUGGAGCGGUCUCAGAGAAGCAGCCGCAGUGGAAGGCCUCCCAUGCGCAGCCAGAAUUCAGAAGAGGAGAGCCCACUCAGUCCUGUUGGGAAACCUGUAGGCAUGGGAAGAGGCUCCGGCAUACCGGAUGCCCAUGAUGUGCGGAAUCAGUAUGGCUCCAGCCAUUCGUUGCCAGAUGUGCAAGACCAUCACAAGAAGGACCUGCCCAGGAGUCAUGUCUAUAAACCAGACGACCCUUACCUUGUAGAUGACAUGCACUGUGCUGUUUCUGACAGUGAAGCCUAUCAUUUGGGCCAAGAGGAGACUGAUUGGUUUGAGAAGCCACGGGAGGCCCGUUCUGAUCGCUCAAGACAUCAUGGAACUGGAACUCACUCAUCCACGGGUAGGCGUAAUAAACACACAUACCAUGAUUAUGAUGAACCUCCAGAGGAAUACGGUCCACAAGAUGAGUACAACCAACAACGCCACGCCGCCUCCACAUCAUCACGGGACCACCGUCACCACGGCAGCAGCUCUGGCAGACACAGCUCUUCACGCCACUCCUCAGAGGAUCCCAGGUCCUCCCGUUCUUCUAGGACACACCCCAAAGACACACCUGCCCGCUCUGAAGGUAGAAGCUCAUCAACUGCACAAAGAAGGAGCGUCCCAGACUCCCGUUCUGCCCAGGGAAGUCCCCGGAACUCAGGUGACUUCUCUCGAGACUCACCCCCUGCUCAUCACCACGGCACUGGAGGACGGAGCCAAAGACCUCAAGGAGAUCGCACAUCCUCCAGAAGGCAAGAGCCCUCUGCAGCAGGGCCUAAACCACAACCGCAGCAGCAACAACAACCGCAGCAGCAGCAUCAGCAGCAGCAGCAACAACAACAGCAACAGCAGCCUGCACAGAGCCAUGCUGGGCAGCAGCGGCCAGGUGGUCAGGGUCAGUCUGGGAGACAUCCAGGGUCUGAACCACUUGAUGGUACCCAGCAGGCCCAGCAGCAGCAACAUCACCAGAGUGCACCACAACAGCAGCAGCAGCAGCAGCAACCACUGCCGCACAGCCAGCCCCCUCAGAGCAGCCAGCCUACACCAACCACCGCAGGAGGACCGGCACAGCAGCAGCAGCAGCUCAGAUCAGGCCAAACCCCACCACCAGGACGUCAGGCAGGAGUAGGGUCUGCAGCAGGGCAGCCGGCUACCACAGCUGCAAAAGUAGAUACUCCACCUCCAGCAGCAGCCACAGGAAUGAAACCUACAACAGGAAUCCCGACAGGAGCUCAGCCUCCCAAAGUAGCUACACCGCCUCUAACAGGCAUCGGCUCCAAGGCCGCCCCUGUUGGGAUUGGUAGCAAACCUGGAGGUAUAGGCAGCGCUGCAGCGGGACAGCCACCUGCGGAGGGGGACAAUGUUCUCACCAAAAUCCUGCAAGGAGGGGCUGCAGAGCAAGCGGGAAAACUGGGAGAUGCUUUAGGCAGCCUUGGGAAGAAGUUCACUUCAUUCUGGUGAACAAAAGAGAAGGGCUAUGCAGAGUUGAAAUGAGACGGAUUGGUAGCUUUGACUUGAAAAACCUAUGAAACUGCAUUAAAUACAUUUCACAUUACAGAGGAAAUAGAGGGAGCGAGAUCCUGAGUGCAUCAAGCUGGAAUCAAAGGAUGCCUUGUCAGCACUGAAUUCCCCAGAUAUGGGCACACGAUUGAAGUGAAUUAAAUAAGGGUGAGCGCUUCGUCAGCACGGUGUUACAAGACAUGAGCAGAGGACUGAGGAGGCCUGAAAGUGAGCGGAUGCCUUGACAGAACUGCAGUCCCAGACUGAUUGUAGAGACGUGGAUGCCUCAUUGGACCAAUGGAGGACAACAACGGUCAAUAAUGAGGAUGCGGUGAAGUGGAGGAGAGAGGGGGAAGGGGGAUCAUGAGUCCUGUUUCCUCUCCUCUCCUGCAGAAAACCUCCUGGGAUCUGUGUGACAGUAAAAGGCCCGCUAACUAAGGCACCUGGAUAUCAUGGGAGAAAUUCAGUGUCUUCAAACAGCUCAAUAAAGAAAGCAUCACAGCGCCCUCUACAGGGAUUUUAAUGGAAUACCACCCGUGUCUGAGGACUUCACAUCUGGCAAGGAUGUUUGAUUCUGCGUUGAUGUCUUCAUUUUUUUUUUUCAUGCAAAACACACACACAAAAAAAAAAAAGAAGAAAGAAGAUUUUCAUAGGUUUUCCUGGUACCAAAGAGACCGAUCUUAACCCAAAAUGACAACACUUACCUGGAGUAGACGAGAUGUAUCACGGCAAUGACAACCAACCCGACGACUUCACCACAAUCCUCGAAUGCUUGGUUUCUCUAAUCUCUACAGUACAUUCCAGUAUAGGGAAUUUGACCCUUUCUUUGAAUGUGUUUUUAUUUCUCCUCCUUUUGUUUCGAUGUCUACAGAAUGCAUUGUGUAAACGUGGACAUGAGAACACACGCACAAAUGUUUCAAAAACUGGAAAAAAAAAAGAAAAAAACAAAAAAAAGGAAGCCCAUAUCAAUACUUUUUCACCACCUAUGAGAUGCCACUAGUCAUUAGCUGUAGGUUUUUAGGGAAGGGAAUUACUACCAGUGUGCCCACAAGUGUGAGAUUCACACAGAUGAGAGGACCAAAUGAAAGAGUGGCCACGGCUCUUUAUUAGCCAUCGCAAAGCCAUCGUUAUAGUCAGUCCCAGAGCUGGCUAUAACGCUCUGGGGCUGACUAUAAAAAAGGAUAAAGUCCCCUCUGUGAUUUUAUCCUUUCUCUUGAUUUGUCUCAUCUUUUAGUUUCUUUUCAUUUUUGCCUGAUAUUCACUGAAUGGAAGAGCCUUAUUCAGUACAUGUUUUUACUUGUAUACCUCACGUUUUAAAACGUCCAUGUCAUCAUGCAUUUCUUUUUACACAACUGUAUACUAUUGUAUGUACAUAAAACAAAUCAGAGAUCUAAUUAUGUAAAUUUAUCAUUUGUGUAUUUAUGGAAUCACUCUCCAGUGACUUUAUUUUAUUUUUUUUUGUUGUUGUUGUUCUGUGUUUUUCUUUGGUAAAACUUUAUAUUUUUCACUUUUUAUUUGUUUGAAUCUGUUUUCUUGCAUCAAAUAAUUUGCUUGUUGAUUUUUAAAAGCAAUAGCAUGCAGAAAAUGGUAUAUAGCACAAUCGUAUAAAUGUUGUUUCAGUUAGUGACGGGAAAUAUCAAACACAUCUGUCGAUAAAUAGCCGUAAUACAAUUUGUCAGAGGGUUUACAACAACAGUACCGUGUCCAGAUGUGCAUGUUACGUGCAGAUGCAUAAGAGCAUGCAGACAGGUACGGACACACUCACACAGACACUCUCUCUCUCUCUCUCUGUCUCAUGCAAACACACAAACACACACACACACACACACACUAUAUAUAUAUAUAUACACUUUGCAUCCUAGUUACACAUCAGAGCCAAGGUUAAUUGUGUUCUCCACAGGAUAUACCUGUUAACCUCCUGCUGAUUAAUGAGGUUAUUAUCACCUACACCUACAAGAUGAUCUCACUAACAAGCUGGGCCCACUGCCUCUAUUUGUGCAAAGACACAGAGAUACAUAAACACAGACACACACACACACACACACACACACGUGCAUACAGAUAUAGAUAUAGGAGAGGAUGAAAGCAAUUAUCAAUUCAAAUGUUCUAUGCAAUGACUCAUUUUGAACCUGGAAGUGAUUCAGCCUAAAACAGUUUAUUAUCAUCACUGUAUUCACAAGAAAACAACAAAAUUAUGAGCUAAAAUAGAAAAAAAAAAGAAAAAAAAAACAGUCCUGAAAAUGUUUUUACUUAGCAAGUUGUCUGUAUGAAUUUGAAUAUUGAAUAUUGAACUAGAAUUGUUUUUAUUUUCGUGGCAUGUUUUGACCCCUCACUCCCCACACGGGGGACUUGUUGCCAAAGGGUAAACUGUGUAGACUGUCAGUUUUGAAUGUCCACCAUCAUGUUGCUUUGAAGCAUGGGUUUGCUUGGCUUUGUCUGGCUGUUUGUAAGCCCUCAUUCAGUUUUUGUGCGUUUUGGCUGACCUGGGCUCCUCAGUGUUUGGCUUGCAGUGACUGUCUGUGCUGCUAUAAACCUGUGAUACAGAUGGUCAGCACUUCUCAUUAAUACUUGUCAGUGUACAUAUUGGGUGUCAGUAUAACCUGUGGGGUGAAUGGAAUGCUUCUAUCGGAUAUUUCAUUGUUGAUUAAACCACUCAGCAGCCAAGCCAUUGGAAAGGUGCAUGAUUAGAUCUUUUAUUCUUGGAAGUUAUACCUGAAUU